CGUCCUGGGAACGAACGAUCACUCCAGGCUGCUGGGAGGAUGAGGGAGCUCGUGUGCCGACCAUGUACCGUCUGCGUUUGGGAGAAGGACACAGAAGUCAGCAAAAGGGAAAAGGAAUGCAGAGGCCGUGAAGGAGAAGUGCGGACUAAGGAUCAGAAAUGCCAGACCUUGGAGAAUGAUCUCCAGGACGCCCUGCAGGAGAAGAACCGCUUGAAUCUGGAGUUACUGACCCGUAGCUGGAAAGCGGAACAGUAUGACCAGGUGAAGUCGGACUAUGAGCUGCUUAGACAGACAGUCGCAGCUGUGAUCCGGGAGAGAGAUUUGGCGCUGCAGGAGAGGACCCAGCUGCGAGGCAAACUGGAGAACCUAGAGCAGGUGCUCAAGCAUAUGCGAGAGGCCGCGGAGCGGAGGCAGCAGUUAGAGUUGGAGCAUGAGCAGGCUUUGGCCGUCCUCAAUGCCAAGCAGCAGGAGAUCGACCUUCUACAGAAGGCUCAGGUUGAAGCCAAGAAGGAGCAUGAAGGUGCCGUCCUUUUGCUAGAGAGCCACUUGGACAGCAUGCAGUUGAGGACCUUUCCCCGCCACUCGAACACGUUGCAGUUUUUGGCCAAAGUCCGAGAGCUGGAGGAGAAAUGCAGGACCCAGAGUGAGCAGUUCAACCUCCUGUCCAAGGAGCUGGAGAAGUUCCGCCUGCAGUCGGGGAAGUUCGACCUGUUCACCUCUGACCCCCUGACCAUCUGCGAAUCGCCUGGCUCCCCCAACAAGUCCCUCUCUCAGCUGCUUAACGGACUGGCCGCCCCAGUCAGCAAAGGCAAUGAGAGCCCCACACACAGGACGCUGAUUUCCGAGUUCAUUCGACCACUCCAGAUCUCUGGAGACAAGGCCGAGCUCCUGUCCGUCAAGCCAACGUUCCUCAGCCGGAGUCGGCCCAGCAGCCCCCGACAGUCCGGCCUCACAGAGAUGGACAGUGAACUGAGUCCUACCACCAGGCCCAAGGCACGGUACACGGGCAAGAUCCGCCUCUGCAUAGCUCGGUAUAGUUAUAACCCUUAUGAUGGACCGAAUGAAAAUCCCGAAGCAGAGCUCCCUCUUGUGGCGGGGAAGUACCUCUACGUCUACGGGACAAUGGAUGAAGAUGGGUUCUAUGAAGGGGAGCUGUUGGACGGCCAGAGAGGCCUCGUUCCCUCCAACUUCGUGGACUUCGUCCAGGAUGAGGAAAUGCCUCCAGUCCAGCCAGGGGACGGUAGUAAGGAGGUGGGCUACCUCAGCCAUGGCAGCGUGGGGCUGACAGGCCUGGGCGGCCUGCUGCAGGACACCAAGCUGGACGGCCCCGGACUGGGCCUCGGCGUGGGAAUGAGCCUAGCGGACCUGCCGGGCACCUGCAGCAAUGGGAUGGGGACCCUAGAUGUUAGCAUCGAUGAGAUCGGCGAAGACAUUGUGCCUUACCCCCGCAGAAUCACGCUGAUCAAACAGCUCGCCAAGAGCGUGAUCGUGGCCUGGGAGCCGCCGCUUGUGGCCCCAGGUUGGGGCAACAUCAGCGCCUACAACGUGUUGGUGGAUAAAGAAGUGCGUGCCACGGUACCUUUCGGCGCUCGGACCAAGUCACUCAUCGAGAAGCUGAACCUGGCCACCUGCACGUACCGCGUGUCGGUGCAGUGUGUCACAGAGCGCGGCCCCUCUGACGAGAUGCGCUGCACGCUGCUGGUGGGGAAGGACGUGGUGGUGGCACCGUACUGCCUGCGCAUGGACAACAUCACACAGGUGUCUGCCGAGCUCUCCUGGAUGCCUAGCAACAGCAACUACAGUCACACCAUCUUCCUCAAUGACGCCGAGUAUGACGUCGUCAAGGCUUCUAACUACAGGUACCAGUUCUUCAACCUGAAGUCCAUGAUGGUCUACAGGGUCCGGCUUGUGGCCCAGCCCCACCAGAUGCCCUGGCAGCUCCCCCUGGAGCAGAGGGAGAAGAAGGAAAGUUCCGUUGAGUUCUGUACCCAGCCUGCAGGACCGCCGCAGCCACCUCAGGAGGUGCAGGUCCAGUGUGCGCAGGUUCCAGGCGUCCUCCAGGUGCGAUGGAAGCCGCCACCACUCACAUCCAAUGGAACUUCGAACGGAGCAAGCGUGAUUGGCUACGCUGUCUGCACGAAAGGGCAAAAAAUCGCUGAGGUGAUGUUCCCAAAUGCAGAAUACGUCUUGGUGGAGCUCAACAGGGUACAGUGUCUGGAGGCCCGAGAGGUCGUCGUCAGGACGCUGUCAACACAAGGAGAGUCCCAGGAUUCUUCUGCCGCCACCAUUCCACACAACCUCCUGGUGCCUCCUCCACCCCCGCCUCAGCACCCCCCACUGCAGCAGCCCCCAGUCCUUCACCCCCCACCCCACACACCACGCCCUCAGGUGCACCCUCCACCCUACCCGCAAACCUACCCUCCGUCGCACCCCCAGCCGCAGAUCCAAUCAAUACCCCGGCCACAGUCACACACCCUGCCUCAGCCACUGCACCCACCCCACCCGUCACCCCUCCCGCCCCUGCAGCCCAUGCCACAAACACACCCCAGGCCCAAGCCGUUAGCAAGUGCCAGAGAGAGCGAAACCAAAGAGCCGGAGGCGAUCGGGACCCACCAGGGGGCCAGGAUCAGCCCGUCAUGGGACCCGGCGUGCCCCCCGGCGUGCCCCCCGGCCUCGAUGCCCCCAUCCCACGGUCACGCCCUCGAGCCCCCCCACAUGCAGGGUCGCCGCUCGCCCUCCCCGCAGAGGAUCCUGCCGCAGCCCCAGGGUGCUCCCAUCCCCAACACGGUGGCCAAAGCCAUCGCCCGGGAGGCCGCUCAGAGAGUGGCUGAGAACAACCGCGUGGAGAAAGGGAACAUUUUCAGUGAGAGGAGUGGUGCCGUCCACCCGCUGAACUCCGACGAAGAGGAGGAUGGCUACGAGGUGCUUCGAACCAGGAGGCGAGGGGCGUCGGUCGACGACUUCCUGCGAGGCUCUGAGCUGGGUCGACAGCCGCAGCUGUACAGCCACAGUGAGGAGUACCAGACAGAGAGCAGCCGAGGGUCAGACCUGUCCGACAUCAUGGAGGAGGAUGAGGAGGAGCUGUAUUCCGAGAUGCAGCUGGAGGAAGGGCGGCGACGCAGCAUCAACUCUCACAACACGCUCAAGGCCUAUUAUAGGCGUCAGGACCUAGCGGACGAGCGGGACUGCUGGGACUUGCAGCGUGAAGUCGUGCGGAGGCGCUCCCUUCGUAGCAAGCGGCUGCACAGCAUCCCAGAGGUGGCUGAGGAGGAGCCCGACUGUGGGGAGGCUCCAGGCCCGGGGCAGCGGCUGCACUUUGAGGAGGCCCGUCGCUGGGCCUGCCCACAAGACCCGCGCCCAUACCGCCGCCUGUCCCCCAGCAAGGCCGCUCGGAGACUCCCGCGGCAGCGCUCCUCGCCCCGCUUCUCCGACAGCGGCCGGCAGGUCACAAAGAGCCCGGACAGCGGCCUGGACUGCGGCAGCGAGGAGGAGGGCUCCCUGGGCCGCCGCUAUGGCUGGCCGCCCGGCCGCGAGCCCCAUCCCGCGGGCCUUUCCCCUGGCAUCGGAGGGCGUAAGAGGACGCUGACCCGACAGUGCAGCGUGGAGGAGGACUUCAACGACGUCCCAGCAAUGGGCGCCAAGACGGUGCACGUGGCGCACCUGCGGAGCCAGGAGCUGCGGUGCAGGCCGGGACGGGAGGCGGCGCGUGGGCGGCUGACCGGAGAGGUGGCUCUGAGUGAGGGCCGGUUGAAUGAGCUCAGCAGAACCUAUCACAGGGACUAUAGGGCACACUCAGUGACAAAACUCAGCUGGAGCCCGGAGGAGCCACUGAUUUUAGGUAACACCCAUACAGCGAGCAGCACCACUGACCGGCUGGAGCACUCAGGGCGGAGACUGGCCCACAGCAGCGCCCCCCUCCAGCGCCGCUCCAUGAUGGUUCCCUCCAUUGAGAUCACCAUGGAGAGUAACAGUGAGGGGAGUCAGGGACACCUCUCACCUGACAAGGAGGAUGUUAACUAUGGCAGUGUAGCUGGCCGCAGGAAAUGGUCCUUACAGCGAAGUGUGACCUCAGAACAUCAAUAUGAUGGCUACAGCGGCCGUGAUCGCCGAUCCCCUGAUUAUUACGAGGAAUCGGAGCCAGACGACCUGUCUCGGAUUUUCGUGGCGCUGUUCGACUACGACCCCAUCUCCAUGUCCCCCAACCCUGAUGGUGCCGAUGAGGAGCUGCCCUUUAAGGAGGGGCAGAUAAUCAAGGUAUAUGGGGACAAGGACACAGACGGGUUCUACCGAGGAGAAGUCAAUGGUAGAAUGGGCCUCAUACCGUGCAACAUGGUAUCAGAGAUCCAGACCGAAGAUGAGGAGAUGAUGGACCAGCUUGUCAAGCAGGGUUUCCUGCCGCUGAACACCCCUGUGGAAAAAAUUGUGAACUGCAAUCGUUUCAAAGACGGCCGUUCAGUAAACCGCAGAUCCCGAAAGUCCAAGCGAGAGCGAAACAGGCGGAGCGGGCGGCAGCAGCCACUGUCCACGCGCAGGAUGGUGGCGCUGUAUGACUACGACCCCAGGGAAAGCUCCCCCAACGUGGACGUGGAGGCUGAACUGACAUUCUGCGCAGGAGACAUCAUAAACGUUUUUGGGGAGAUCGACGAAGACGGCUUUUAUUAUGGUGAACUCAACGGACACAAAGGUCUUGUUCCUUCUAACUUUCUCGAAGAAGUGCCUGAUGAUGUAGAGGUCUAUCUCACUGACACUCCAGCUCGCUAUGCCCAGGAUGCUCCUGCACGGAUAAAGACCAAAAGGAAGAAGAGUGUUCAUUUCACACCUUAAAGGCACUGUUUCCGUCACGUAAGUGAGCAACUGAGAAUACCACCAGUACGCCUCGUCUAAUGCACAUGGCGCCGGUCCGCUUGGCUUCACCCUAUUAUGCCGCUAGACCUCCUCUGCCUAUUCUGUUCUCUCAGCAGUAACUCUGCCUUUUAUUUCCAUACUUCCCUAUUGAUACAAUUUAUUUUUUUUGGUUUAAAAAAAAAAAAAGAAUGUCAAUUUGUCAUUCUAAAAUGUGCAGUGUGGCACGAAUCGACACUGACAGACAGAUGUAUGCAGGCUUUUCUUUGCACACUCUGUUUAAUUUUAUAUUUUUCCAAAUCUACGCUUGAACCGAGCAGCAGAUUUGCAAAAAGGGCAUCCAGCGUCUCCCAUAGGAUGCACACCCCGGCCAAUGCAUUAGACAAGAAGUAUGGUAUCUUCAGUUGUUUCUCUGGGUGUUGUACAUUACAAUGUCCGUCUUUCAUAAUAAGUAUCCCUGCUGUAAUUCAUGGUAAGCUAAAAGGCCACAGUUGCACGUCCAGAUUACCUUAUUAUUGUUUGCUAUUUAUUACACGAUUUCACAUGCAAUUUAGAUCCCCCCCCCUUGAAGUAGUGCACCCCGCCACUCUUAAUGAAAGAAUGAAAGCAGUUCAGAUUUAUCAGUACAGAAUGUAUGAUUCAUCACAGUUUUUGAGCAAGAGCACUAUAUUACAUGUGGCUGAAUAGAACAGGCCAAUUCCUCUAUUUGGAACCUUCCGGUCAUUGUUUGCCUGCACAGAGAAUGUCCUCUCCAGGUCCCACCACAACAGCUAGUCUGAUUAAGGUGUUUGUAGGGUGCACUUUUUCUCUGUCACCUAAGGAAUGAUGCAAAAUGGCAAAAGAUCUACUAACAGUUUUUUUUUUUUUUCUCACCAUAGAUAAUGGCAUCAGAUUCUUUAAAAAAUCCAUCACUAUAUUAACAUGAGAGAAUUUCUUUUCUGUUUUUUGUUUAUUAUUUAUUUGAUUUUUUUUUUUUAACGAUCAUUAAAGUGCUUGCAGACAGAUUUGUAAAUAAAACUUUUUUAAAGCAGGUUGAAUUGGUUCCAACAACCUUCGUGAAGUUACCUUGGUGAAAAGUGAUAAAUUGCAUCAGAACUGGUAAAUUAAACACUUAUCUCCUCUCUUCAUAUAAGUUUUUAAUCAUCAAAUUAUGCGCUAACUUUAAUCCCUACAAGUUUUAUUUGGACUUCCAGGUGGACUUGCUGUAGUUCAAAUUAGCUAUGACAGUCUCAUGUUAAUGAUAAUGACAAAUAUCACUUCCUCUCUUAAGUGCAAUUACAAAAAUGCCUUUUAGCCCAUGAUUACAAGGAAGGAAUAUUUAGAAAUUAGAUGUUUCACUGUAACCUGGGUGUAUCUGACUGCCUGUACAUUUAAAGGGGGAUUUUUUGAGCGAUUGCAUACUGUCAUUCUGUGUGACUCAAUGUAAAACAACUUGAUAUUGUGUCCAAUCUCCUGUUUUUGUAUCAUUGACUUUGAGCCCAUCGUAGCAGUUUUGUAGAGCCCAGGCAAUCUCAACAAUAACAACCAGAAUCGUGCUCUAAUGGAAGGGUGGACAUUUCCCAAACAUUUGUACUGCACUUAUCAUGCAUAUGAUAUGCUGUUAAGUCCUGCCAGAGGUCUGCCUUUUUAGGUUUAGCUUUUAAGGCUGAUGUUUCUUGGGAGAUGUAAAUUAAAACACUUCUAAAAAGCCAAGUGGGCAAGAGGAGACAUUCUACUUCUCUUUAAGGGGAGAUGUGCUUACAUGCGUCCUAAGGUACGGUGGCCCUGCUGUGGCAAAAAGGACGCAGGGGGACUGGGUUGCGAGAGAGCUGGCUUUGUAAUGCCCUGAACUGUCCCUUACGGGUCUCCCAUUAGGUCCCCCUGGAAAACACGGGUCCACCCAGGAGAGCCGCCUCCCCCACUGUGCGCCAGCAUCUCCCCGGCUCCGGGCCUUCUGCGCUGGGGCCAGGCAGCCCCGUAAGGGGCCCCCGCGACUUGGCCUCCAAAAAGAAAAAGGG